AUGAAUGCUAUCCUGGACGAGGAAAAAGUUCCUCUCACCAACUGUAUGCGAACCUGUACGGUCGCCGUUGCCAAGAUUUCGUGCAACGGCUCCAAUGAUACUGCUAAGAAGUAUCGCGCCGAGAUUGAGCUCGUUACUCAGGCUGAGGGGACUGCUGAGGUCGUUGCCCUUCACCGCGACAUCCUUGACAACAGGGGCAAGCUCUCUCCGGACAUCAAGAAUGCGGACAGCGACGCUGGGAUCGCAUAUUCCAUUCUGAAGGCCGCCUACCCACAGCAUACUGAUAUGCAACUCAGAGAUGUCGAUCCUGUUGUUCUUGCCAAUUUUGUCAAGGUGCGAGAGGUGAUUGGCAAGACCAAGGUGAUUGAAGAAGCAGAGUGCGCUCCUUUUUACGCCGGAAUCUCGGCCUUCGUGGAAUCGGAGAAGAAGCGAAACAAAUCUCGCACGGAAGGCGAUGGUGCUGAACCUGAGGAGCUGGAGAUGGCCUACUGGCCCCUCAUCAAGGUCGUGCGGGUCUUCCUGAAGUCAGAGGUCGUUUCUACCGGAGUAGUCAUUGUGGAUUUGCCUGGAGGACGCGACUCGAAUGCUACUCGCGCGGCAGUCGCUCUCAAAUACGAUGGCGCGCACAAAAACAUCACCUUCAUCUGUACCAAAGCAGAAGACAUUUCCCUGGAUGAAGCGGCCCCGAGUCUUAGCAUUGUAGACCUCAUCGCGAAGGAGCAAGAGCGCAAAAUUGGAAUGGAGAGUGAAAUCGAGCGCAAGAGGGGCGAACUCAAAAGCCUUGAGCUCCAGAAAGCGAGCGCUCAGGAGAAGUACAGCAUCAUCGGCAAUGACUUUGAUACUUGGCAUGGACUUUACAGACAGGUUUCCAAAGGGCAUACGACCUUUGCUUCCAUGGAAUCUCCCCGCAAGAGGAAGCGUUCUCGGCCUCAGCGUGAGAAAGAGCCUGCAAUUGCCAAGAAGGUGAAGAAAGAGCCUGGUCAAAGCGACACAGACGAAAGCAGUGAUGACUCGGAUCUCGAUGCUGUUGAGUCUGACGACGAUGACUUGGAGGGUCGCCCUGAGCCUUUUUCAAUCGAGGAGACGCGCAACAAGCUUGAAGAGCUGAAGGCGUCGAAGAAGGCUGCCAGGGAGGAGCGGAAGAAGAUUACUCGGCAGAUGACGCAGAUCAAGAAGGACAUCAGGGACCUCAGCAAGCAGCGUUCGGCUGUGAAGAUCCAGAUGUACCGCUACUGCAUCCAAGGACGCAAUGAUUACUCCCGCCAGGCGAUCAAGGAGGACUUUGCGUUUGGUCUGAAGGAGUUUGAUGAAGAGCUUCUCGCCGAACAGGAGGGAGAGAUGCGAACUCGCCAGCAGGUUGAGGUCGUGAGCCCCGAUUAUGAACAGAUUGGUAGAGAUUUACCAGUCUUCUGCAUCAGCAGUCGGGGCUACCAGCAGUUGAGAGGAAGGAUGAAGAAAGACCAUCGUGUUGUAGGCUUCACUUCUCUCGAUGAUACUGGGGUUCCUGGUCUUCGUGACUACACCCUCGAGCAGGCCGCGGCUAUCCAGGCUAGCCACUUUCGCCAUCAUCUCAGCGAGAUAUGCCGUCUUCUGGGGGCCCUCGACCUCUUUUUUGCAGGGGACGUCGCUAACCUCAAGCUCUCCGAAAAUGAGAAGAAGCAGGAGACUCAGAGCUUGGGAGUUGCUUUGACCAAGCUAAGAAAGGCCCUCGGUGAGGCUGUUACAAAGUGCAUGGAGGAUUGCAAGUCAGUCGUUAAGGUGAAGGUCCUGAAGAAGACCGGCAAGGGUGCCGUGAAAGCCUCUGACAAGGCCGUUACUACUGCCGAAGGCUGGGGUGCGAAGCACGAUGCCGGAGGUCUUCGCUAUGGAACCUGUAAGGCUACUUGCCGUCGCUAUGGCGUAUUCAAAGGCGCAGCGGGUGCCCGUGACUUCAACGAGGAUCUUCUCAAGCCUAUGAAGAAUUAUACUGCCCAGGAGUGGGACUCGGCCUUCAAUGGCCGCUUGCCUGAGAAGAUUGCGACACUUGCCGCGUCUUCCAAGCAGCUGAUUAACUCGUUCCACGAGCGCAUGAAGGACAGACGGUUUCUUGUCGAGAACAACGAUUUAGUGAACGGCUUCCUCGUCGUGAUUCUGGCCGCACAGAAGGAGAAGCUCGCUCAUAUAGCUAAUGAGCACCAAAAGCUGGUCAAGACCGCACAAAAGGACGCCAAUCGUCUUUUCGGCCCUGUUGUUCAGCGAGCCAUGAAUGAAGCCUACCAAGGCUGCGUCGACCUGAGAGGAACCGGAUCCUUCCUUCUAAUGAAAGACCUCAUGAAGGAACAUGUCGAGUCCCAGAAGUCUACCAUGUUCAAAACCGCCGCCGGAGAUGUGGAGAAGGCCGCCAACACAAUGCCGAGCACCCUUGAAAAGACAAUCCGCGACGACACGAAUGGAGUUGUGAACGCCAUGCAGGAGGACUACAUUGGCCUGAUUGGAGAGGUGGCUACCACGGCUAACUUACGCGCCCGAAAGAUCUUGAGCCCCGUGCUCCGUGACUUUUACAUGAAGCUGAAUGCCGCCCUGGAUCCUAUCGAGGAGGAAAUCGUCGUCCAUGAGCCCAUCGAUCUUGAGCUCGACAUGGGAGAUGGCAGUGACGACGAAUACCGGCCCGAUGAAGAUAUGAGUGAUUGA